AUGCAGUUCACCAAGGCCAUCGCUCUCUUCUCCCUCGUCGCCACCGGUCUGGCCGUCGCUGCCCCCGAGGACAACGCCAACGCCAACGCCAACGGCAAUACUGCCCCCGCGAAGCCCGUCAUCGGCGCUGGCGAGCCCUUCGAUGGCGACUUUGACCUCCUCCUCGGCGGCAAGCCCAACAUGAUGCUCAACAAGCGCGGCUACGGAUGCCCCAAUGACUACGCUUGUUCUUCUUACUGCUCUAGCAUCGGCCGCAAUGGUGGCUACUGCGGUGGAUUCCUCUGGCAGACCUGCAAGUGCAACGAGAAGAAGUAG